CGCGUUCAGAAAACUACCCUCAACGCGGUCUUAACAUACUCGCCGGGAAUUUUUUAAUUCGUGCUUACGCGUUGUAUAUCGUUGGGAAUAUUUUCUUUCUCUUUCUCUCUCUCUCUCUCUCUCUCUCCUCUCUUUCCCCUUGUCUCUCUCUCUCUCUCUCUCUCUCUCUCUAUUUCUCUCUAUCUCUUUUCCUGUUUCUUUUCAUCGUCGUCCCCUUUUCUCUCUCUCUUUCUCUCUCUCUCUCUCUCUCUUUCUUUCUUUCUUUUCCUCUCUUUCUCCCUCUCUCUCUCUCUCUCUUUCUGUCUCUUUGACUCCUUUUCUAUACCUUUCUUUUUUUUUUAUACAAAAGAUAUCGUCGUUCGAUGAAACGAUCGAAGAGGAAAGAAGUUUCGACAUGAUCCUAGCUAACAGAAUCGUCCAAUAAUCGUCAAUUAACGAAGGCAGGAGAAGAAAAAAGUUGGAAGAGGUCGAUCGGGUCGUAAUAUACCCGAUGAAUUCGUUGGACUUCUGUGGUGCAUUGGUGUUAAAUAUUUAAUAUUAAUAAUCGUAAUACCGGCUGUCGGAAAAAUGAGAGAGCUCGUGGACGACGUCGUAUUAGACGGUCGUGGGAAUAGGAUUAAAUUCGUUCCCAUCGUGUUUCGUCGUGCGACAACGUUGACAUGUGAGAGAAGAGUAUAAAAUGAAAUAAAAAAUAGGACGUCGGGCGCGUCGGGUGUCGGAGGAAGGAAGGAAGGAAGGAAAGAAGAAAGGAAGGAAGGAAAAUUGAAAGAAGGGUGGUGCGGUUUCGAAGGAUCAUCGGUGUAUUGGUGCGUUAAUAGUUUUCAAAUGGGGGAGAGAGAGAGAGAGGGGGAGAUAAAGGACACGAAUUAAAUUAAAAAAGAAAAGGAAAAAAAAGAACGAGCGACGAAGAAUCGAUUGAAAAUUUUCUUCUUUGCGGUGAGAAACGAGACUUCUUUUUUUGAAAAUUCGAGAAAAAUACGUCGCGAGUUGUGUUUUCCGAGUUAAUCGUUAUGACGUUUCGCGAGUGUACGAACGAUCUUGAUCGUAUUCAAGAGACAUAUUUCACGUGAUUCUUUGUCGAAUCGAUCGGAUUAAAAUAAGCACGAGAAGGUUUCGACGGUCGAACGGUGUACAUAUUUUCUAUAUACCCAGUAUCCCUCGAUGCGUCCUCGUCUAAUCGGCCGACGUAUCUUUGAAAAAAGAGGUCCGUCGGAAAUUGUCUGGUCUUGUUGGAAUUUUCGAGUUUCACCGUCAAGAAUUACCGAGGAAUUAAAAAUAAUAAGAGGAAGAAAACACGAAGAGAAAUAAAGGGACAGAUAAAUAGCUAGAAAGAAAGAAAGAAAGAAAGAAAGAAAGACAGACAGACAGAUAAAUGGAUGUAUAGAGAAAGGGAGAGAGAGAGAGAGAGAAAGAGAGAGAGAGAGAGAAUGAUAGAGAGAGAGAGACACGAAGUUUUUAAAGAUUUCAUCGGAAGACUUAAAGCGGCUUAAAGUUAUGCCGUAUAAGACAUUGGUGGUGGAGUUAAGAAAAAGUUAAGAUAAAAGUGGGAGGGUGGUAGUGGGGGAAAAAGAAAAAUUAAAAAAAAAAGAAAGGCAAAGAAAAUAAAGACCGCAGCGAGAAAAAGAAAGAUAGCAAAAGAUAGAUAGAUAGAUAGAUAGAUAGAUAGAUAGAUAGAUAGAUAGAUAGAUAUAUAGACAAAGAGAAAGGAGAAAAAUUUACGGAGAAAAAUUAGACGGAUAAAAAAAGAAAGAAAAAAAGAAAGAAAGAAAACAAGAAAGAAAAAACAUGAAAAGUUUAGGAGGUAAAGAGGAGGGAUGGUAAUAAAGCCAGGGAGGAAGAUAGUCAUGGCGUAUAAACGUCGCGAUUUAGCCUCUUAACGCACGAGUGAGAAUUUGAGAAAUUUCGCGGUCUAAUCCGAUGCUCGGCGGGUCCGAGGUAACGAGGAACGGAGGAAGAAGAAGAGGAAGAAGAGGAGAAGUGGCAGGAGGAGGAGGAAGAGGAGGAGGAGGAGGAAGAGGAAGAAGAGGAAGAGGCAGAAGAAGAGGAGGAGGAAGAAGAAGAAGAAGAGAAGGAAGAAGAAGCUAACCCUCGGUGCCACGCCGGGACGGUGUUGUUAAGUGUGCAGUGAUCACGGGUGACCGAGGAAAGACGAGAAAGAGGGUGGUCAAUAUGACUCCUAUCUUCCUCGUUCUGUUGGUGGCAAUCGACCCGAUUAUCGCGCAGAAUGGUGGAAACAUCAGCGACUCACAAUACAUCACGUACAUGACAAAUCCACCGACGAUCCUGGUGAGGCCUCAAUCGCAGCAGGUGAAGGCAGGCGGAAUAGCGAGUUUCUUUUGCACGGCUCAGGGAGCACCACCCCCGCAAAUACACUGGAGGAAAAACGGCAAGAGAAUUUCGCAAUCCCAGUCACGAUACCUAGUACAUACCUACGAGCAUGGAGCUUUACUACGGAUCGAACCUGUCAAAACGGCACGAGACAGUACAACAUACGAAUGCGUUGCGGAAAACGGAGUCGGCGAUGCGGUUUCCGCUGAGGCCCAACUCACCGUUUACGAAGCGGAGAAUUUACCAGCGGGUUUUCCGAUGAUCACUCAAGCGCCAGCAGCGAAGGUAGUCGAGAUGGGUCAUAAUGCUGUUCUGCUUUGCGGUGCCAUUGGUUCACCAACGCCCAUCAUCUCUUGGGUUCGAAAUAUGCUGCCCAUGGACACGUCCAAUCCACGUUUCACGGUUCUAGAUUCUGGUACAUUGCAAAUCACAAACUCUAUCAGUAGCGACCAGGCAAAAUACGAAUGCGUGGCGAACAAUUCUGUUGGCACGGAAUAUUCGAAAUCGACUCUGCUAUACGUUAAAGUUCGUCGCGUUGCCCCGAGCUUCUCGAUACCACCACCAACUCUGAGCGAGGUCACGCUAGGAGCAUCACUGAAUCUGAACUGCGUUGCUGUUGGUGCACCUAUGCCAGUUGUACAAUGGCGGAAAUAUCCAGCUACUGAUAUAAUGCCCGACGACAAUCUACCAGUUGGCAAAAAUGUUCUUUAUCUUACGGACAUACAGGAAUCGGCUAAUUAUACUUGUACCGCGUCUAGUCCUAUCGGUGUGAUACAUGCUACGUCUAUGGUGAAAGUUCAGUCUCUUCCUGGUCCACCAGAAAACAUUCAAGUAUCCGACAUCACUGCAACAUCCGUGAAGCUGAGCUGGUCUUACAAGGGACCAGACGAGUUGCAAUACUACGUAAUCCAACACAAGCCUAAACAGGCUAAUCAACCGUUCACCGAGAUUUCCGGUAUCACAACGAUGUAUUACCACGUUAGAGGUCUUAGUCCUUACACCGAGUACGAGCUUUAUGUGAUAGCUGUGAACCACAUAGGCCGUGGUCCCCCAAGUGCCCCGGUGACUGUCACUACUGGUGAAACAACGGAAUCGACGAAUGGAGGUGCCAAACCGGGUACUGCGCCAAGGAAGGUUCAGGUCCGACCUUUGAGUUCCAGCACAAUGGUUAUACAAUGGGACGAACCGGAAACACCUAAUGGUCAAGUGACGGGUUACAAGGUUUACUACACGAUGGAUCCGAAUCAACCAAUGGCGUCAUGGCAAUUUCAAAUGGUCGACAACAGUCAAUUAACAACCCUCUCCGAUCUGAUACCUCACACGAUAUAUACCAUCAGGGUACAGGCACUUACAAGCGUUGGACCUGGCCCUUUAAGCGCCCCAAUACAGAUUAAAACGCAACAAGGGGUACCAAGUCAACCGGAGAUGUUGACGGUUGUCGACGUUGGGGAGACCAAGGUUACGCUCCGUUGGAGCAAACCAGCUCAUAGCAGUGAAAAUAUUCUCAGCUAUGAGCUUUAUUGGAACGAUACUUAUGCCAAGGAAAAACAUCAUCGGAGAAUACCAGUGACCGAGAACUAUACCUUGACCGGUCUCUACCCUAACACCCUCUAUUACAUCUGGUUAGCUGCUAGAAGUCAACGUGGGGAGGGUGCAACUACUAUACCUUGUCCAGUUCGCACGAAACAGUACGUACCCGGGGCUCCGCCUCGCAAUGUAACCGGCCAAGCGAUCAGCCCGACCUCCAUUUUGGUCACAUGGGAACCCCCACCUGCCGAACGCUCCAACGGGAGGAUAUCUUACUACAGACUACAAGUCGUCGAGAGCGGACGCUCCGAUUCCGAGGCGAAGGUUAUCAAACUGAAUCAGACGCGAUUCGUCUUGGACGAGCUCAAAAAGUGGACCGAGUAUCGGAUCUGGGUAUUGGCGGGGACCAGCGUAGGUGAUGGGCCCCCGAGUUAUCCUAUCUCGGUCAGAACUCACGAGGACGUGCCAGGAGAUCCUCAAAACGUCAAAGUAACGUCGAUCAAUUCGACGGCGAUACACGUCGAAUGGGAUCCGCCGAAGGCUAAGGACCAAAAUGGGGUGAUUAGGGGUUACCACAUACAUGUACAAGAAGUACGAGAAGAAGGAAGAGACGACGUGUUUAACGAACCGAUACGUCGCGACGUCCAAGAGGACGGUGUACGAGAAAUAAAUAUCACAGGACUGCAACCGGAUACAAGGUACUCCGUACAGAUAGCCGCGUUGACGAGAAAAGGUGACGGUGAUCGAUCGGCACCGGUUCACGUUAGAACACCAGGCGGGGUACCAAACAGACCACAAGUUAACAUAAAAGUCCUCAGCAGAGAUCCCGUCGUCCUUGAAUUAGAAUGGAUGGAACCGACCCAAACGUAUGGCGAUUUAUUGGGUUAUAGAAUUCGUUAUGGUAUUAAAAAUCAAACGUUGAAAAAAGAAUUCAUUCGUGGGACUCGUCAGCAUACUUAUAAAAUCACCGAUCUCGAAGAACGCGGCGUCGAAUACGAGUUUAGAGUUGCCGGUCAGAAUAGUAUAGGAUAUGGUCAAGAAACGGUACAAUAUUGGUCAAGUCCCGAGGGAGAACCUAGCGGAUCACCAACCAAUUUGUCUUACUUCUUCCAAACGCCUGACACCCUCUGCGUCACUUGGGACAAACCGUUGAGACAACAUAGGAAUGGACAGAUCAUUGGUUACGACGUUCAGUUCAAUAAAAAGAACGAUCAUUCGUCGAUCAUCGAAAGGAACACGACGAAAACCCGAGAGGUAUUUUCGAAUUUGGAGGAGGACACGGAAUACGUUUUUCACGUUAGAGCAAGAACUAUGAGAGGUAGUGGUCCAUAUUCCGAAAAGAUAACGAUAAUAACGGAGAAGGAUAUCGGUAGAGCACCGAUGUUCGUCAAGGCCGUAGCAACAUCCGAAUCGAGCGUCGAAGUUUGGUGGGAGCCAGUACCCAAUCGUGGCAAGAUCGUUGGUUAUCAAGUUUUCUAUACUACAACACCGGUCGAGGAUCUUGACGAGUGGAAGCAAAAGACGGUAGGACUGACCGAAUCAACUGACCUGGUCAAUCUCGAGAAAUUCACUCAAUAUGCGAUAACAGUAGCCGCGAGAUACAAAACUGGUCUCGGUAGGAUCAGUCAAAAGAUCACAGUAACUGUCAAACCUGAAGACGUGCCUUUGAAUCUCAGAGCACCGGAAUCGUCUACACACUCUAUGACGUUAUCAUGGACACCUCCUAUAAGACUGAAUCCCACCAAUUACAAGGUGUCCUUCGACGCGGUUAAAGAGUUCGUCGAUUCUCAAGGUAUAACGCAAACGCAGAUCGUACAACGUCGGCAAAUUCUUUUUGAUCCUAGCGUAACCAGUACGACCAUUAACGAACUUCAACCGUUCACUACGUACAACGUUAACGUCAGUGCCGUACCACGCGAUGGACAAUACAGGCCACCUGCUAAAAUCACCGUAACCACACAAAUGGCCGCACCGAAGCCUAUGGUCAAGCCAGACUUUUAUGGCGUCGUCAAUGGCGAAGAGAUUCAAGUGAUCCUACCUCAGGCGUCCGAAGAGUAUGGACCAAUUUCUCAUUAUUAUUUGAUCGUCGUACCUGAAGACAAAUCUACGGCUGACAAACAGCCUGAUGAACUUACGGAAGAUAUAAUUACCGGCAAGAGUGCCAAACAGGAACGAGAAAAUGCACCAUACAUCGCUGCUAAGUUCCCACACAGAGACAUUCCUUAUACUUUCCAUUUGGGAAGUGGCGAUAUAUAUGAGGGAUAUGAAAAUAGAAAAUUGGAGAGGAAUAAGAGGUAUAGAAUUUUUGUACGAGCUGUGGUCGACACUCCUAGAAAGCAUCUCUACACUUCCUCGCCAUUCUCCGAGUAUCUUUCGUUGGACAUGAGAGAAGUUCCACCGGGCGAACCACCGCGUCGACCAAACCCAAAUACUCCGGUCGAUAAAAAUCCUGAAGUGUCUGUUAAAACCAGUGGACAGGAGCCUGGUAUGGUUUGGGUAAUUGGACCUAUAAUAGCAGCACUCAUGGUCAGCAUCUGUAUGGUUCUAUUAUUUGUAAUAAAAAAACGAAGGCAACCAUGCAAGGCACCAGAUCAGGCAGCAGUAACUCGGCCACUUAUGGCAGCGGACAUCAGUUCGAAUCAUGCACCGUCCGACCCAGUCGAAAUGAGACGUUUGAAUUUCCAAACACCCGGCAUGAUAUCACACCCGCCGAUACCCAUAAGCGAGUUGGGAAAUCAUAUCGAACGAUUGAAGGCAAACGACAAUCUAAAGUUCAGUCAAGAAUACGAGUCGAUCGAACCCGGUCAGCAGUUCACUUGGGACCACUCGAACAUGGAAGUGAACGCGUCAAAGAAUCGCUAUGCCAACGUGAUCGCCUACGAUCAUUCUCGAGUGAUCCUUCAAACGGUCGAUGGGAUGCCAGGGUCCGACUAUAUAAACGCGAACUAUUGCGAUGGUUAUAGAAAGCAGAACGCGUAUGUGGCAACUCAAGGACCACUUCAAGAGACCUUUGGUGAUUUUUGGCGAAUGUGUUGGGAACUUCGUACGAGUACGAUCGUUAUGAUGACGAAACUCGAGGAAAGGACUAGAAUAAAAUGCGAUCAGUAUUGGCCAACAAGAGGUUCAGAAACUUAUGGCCAGAUGACGGUCACUAUUACCGAUAUCCAAGAGCUUGCUACCUAUUGUAUCCGCACUUUCCAAGUUUGUAGAGCGGGUUAUUCGGAGAGACGCGAGAUAAAGCAAUUGCAAUUCACUGCAUGGCCUGAUCACGGUGUCCCGGAACACCCAGCACCGUUCUUACAAUUUUUGCGAAGGGUUAGAUCGUUAAACGUACCGGACAGUGGCCCAUUGGUGGUACAUUGUAGCGCUGGCGUUGGCAGGACCGGUUGUUUCAUCGUUAUAGAUUCUAUGCUCGAACGUAUAAAGCAUGAAAAAAUGAUCGACAUAUAUGGACACGUGACGUGUCUGCGGGCUCAAAGAAAUUACAUGGUACAGACAGAGGAUCAGUACAUAUUUAUUCAUGACGCACUUCUCGAAGCUGUUAUAUGUGGUAACACCGAGGUACCAGCUAGGAAUCUACACUCUCACAUUCAAAAGCUCAUGCAACCUGAAAUCGACAAUAUCACCGGCAUGGAAUUGGAAUUUAAGAAAUUGUCUAACAUCAAAGCUGACUCCACGAGAUUCAUAUCGGCUAAUUUACCAUGCAACAAACAUAAAAAUCGAUUGGUUCAUAUCCUACCUUACGAAUGUAGCAGAGUGUGUUUACAGCCACAACGUAACAUCGAAGGAUCCGAUUACAUAAAUGCCAGUUUAAUCGAUGGUUACAGAUAUCGCGGUGCGUACAUUGCAACUCAGGGUCCGCUUUGCGACACCACUGACGAUUUCUGGCGUAUGUUAUGGGAACAUAAUUCGACGAUCGUGGUAAUGCUUACCAAGCUGAAAGAAAUGGGUAGAGAAAAGUGCCAUCAGUAUUGGCCAUCCGACAGAUCUAUUCGUUAUCAGUGCUUCGUAGUAGAUCCCAUCGCCGAAUACAACAUGCCGCAAUACAUUUUACGUGAAUUCAAGGUCACCGACGCACGAGACGGAGCAAGUCGUACGGUUAGACAAUUCCAAUUCAUCGAUUGGCCCGAACAAGGUGUACCUAAGUCCGGUGACGGUUUUAUCGAUUUCAUCGGUCAAGUUCAUAAAACCAAGGAACAAUUUGGUCAGGAUGGACCAAUCACUGUACAUUGUAGCGCCGGCGUAGGUAGAACUGGUGUCUUCAUAACGCUUAGCAUCGUCCUUGAACGUAUGCAGUACGAAGGUGUUGUGGAUAUCUUCCAAACAGUGAGAAUAUUACGUACGCAACGUCCUGCCAUGGUACAAACGGAAGAUCAAUAUCAGUUCUGUUAUCGUGCCAGUUUGGAAUAUUUAGGAUCGUUCGAUCAUUACGCCAACUGACAAGCCGAUAAUCGGGAGCAAAGAGAUGCUACGAGAGAGCGAAGGGAACGGCAAAAAAAUGAAAGGGAUAUCGGAGAAAGGGCUAAAGUACGACGUGUUUAGUACAAUGGAGUUAUAUCGUGUUAAGUGUGCAGCAAAAUGAGUAAAGCGUAGUUUUUAUGCGUAACAUUUACUCGUACCUUCCAAGGACAAUUUAUCGUAGUCGCUAAAGCGAUAAAUCGCUAAUGUAUCACAGACGAUUUAAAGGAAAAAAAAAAAAAAAAAAAGAGAAAAGAAAAAAGGAGAGGAAAACGGCAAAAAAAAAUAAAUGAAUGAAUAAAUAAAUAAAUAAAUAAACAAGUAAAUAAAUAAACAGAUAAAUGAAUAAAUUAAUAAAUUAAUAAAUAAAUAAAUAAAAAGAAAAAUAAUAAUGGUAGACGAUGAAGUGCAAUAGUCGAAUGGUGUUGCAGCACGCAUAAUCGCGCAAGGAAAUUUUCAUUCUUGACGGUAAUUUAAAAUAUAAAUAUAGAAAAGCAUUCAAACAACUUUUAUCCUGAAACGUAAGAAACAAAACUAGAAGAUUUACGAAGAAGAUAAUGAAGAAGAAGAAAUUGAUGAAGAAAAAAAAAAAAAAGGAACAAGUUGUCGUCGUCGUAUAAAUAGAUUUUAGAGCUAUCAAAGAUAAAAAGCUCGACUCGCGAUUGUAGCCAUAGCUAGAGCGAGCUAAACUAAAGAAAAGAAAAGAAAAAAAAAAAAAAGAAAAAAAAAAGGAAAAAACUGCCGCUUAAGUGUACGUGAAUCUCCUCGUUGAUGAGAUGAGAGCGACCAUACUCUCUCGAGGCACACUUUUUUUACUUUAUACAAAAUCUCAACAACCAGCUAACUAGGAACGAAAAAAGAAAAGAAGAAAAGAAGGACAAAAGAAAGAGAAGUAAAAGAAACGAAAAGAAUUAGGGAAUUGUCAGAACAUGAUCAUCAUCAUAUCGUUCUCGAAUCAGAGAACAUAAUUGAUUUACGUCGUUCGACGAUAAAAUAAUUUUGCGAGAAACGUACAUGCUCGCAUACGGACAUACAUAUACAAUACAAAUACGAAUACGAAUACGAACGCGCAUCCACGCACAUAUAAACACAUACACGCGUCGACGUCUAUAUCAAAAUCAAAAUUCGAAGACGACCUCGAUCGUACGAUCCCGAUUCUCCGAAUUGGAACAUAUCUUGAUAUAUGUGAGAGUAUUUAUUACUAACACCUCACUUAUGAAACAUUCUUUGCAGCUACAUUUUUGAAAUCUUUUAAGAAUUUCUUUAUCGAAGCUUAGAUAGUCUUCUAACGUUUAAGAUGAAAACAUGAAUGAAGGAAGAAAGAAAGGAAUAAUAAUUAAAUUACAAGCAUGUCUCUCUCUCCCUCUCUCUCUAUCUAUCUCUCUAUCUAUCUCUUUCUCUGUCUAUCUCUGUCUCUCUAUCUCUCUGUCACUUUCUUUCUCUGUCUCUUUUAUCUAAAUAGAAAAGAGCAUCGUAAUAAUAAUAAUGAUAAUUAUAAUUAUAAUUAUAAUAAUAAUAAUAAUAAAAAUAAUAAUAAUAAUAAUAAUAAUGAUAAUGAUAAUGAUAUUGCACUUUACGAAUCUCUUGUAAAGUGAAAGGACAAAGUAACACGAAAACUUGAAUCUUGUUUAUCGAAGAAAAGUGCUUCCAUCGUUGACUAACAGCUGCAGAGAAGAAACUAAAAGUUGUGACACAAAUAAUGUCUCUCUCGUAUAUUUCUAUGGAAAAAGUAAAAAAUUAAAAAUUAAAAGAAAAAAAUUAAUAAUAAAAACAAAAAAUAAAAAUAUUGAAAAGAAAAAGGAAGGAGAAAACGAAGAAGACGAGGAAGAAGAAAAAGGAAAAGAAAACUAAGAAGAAGAAGACUAAUAAUUAGAAUGCACAGUUCUAUCUACGACUUAAGUGGGUGAUGAUAACGUGGCACACAUUCACGAGUACUUAUCGAUGGAAAUUGAUUGGAAGAGAAUUGUUGAAAAAAAGGGAUUAGACAAAAUACUUCUCGAUGUGGAUUAUCAAAGAAGAAGGAGAAGAAGAAGAGACAUGAAAAUUUCCACAGACUAACAGGAAACUUGCCAUACUGCCAAAUUGACAAUUAAUGCUGUACCCAUUAUGCACGAUAGGGAUCUUCUCUCAUUACUUAUUGUAAUUUUACAAUAGAUUAUAAGCGAAUCGUUUUAAGAUUUAGGAUAUAAGUGACGCCAUUAGAACAAAGAUGACAUUGAGUGAAAGAAGGAUGAAAGAGGAAACGGUGCCUAUAUUUGAUGAAAUAUGCACACGUGGAGAUCGUGCAUAGUUCUAUAAAGAUAAUUUAAUAGAAGCACUGUGUAUGUUGGACUCGCAUAAUGUAAUUCUAUACCCUCGAAUCCUUAUGUACAAACUUUCAAAUCUAAGCUUCUACCUCGUCUAUUAUUAUAUCUCAUUUCGAUGUAACCACUCGGACGAAUCUAAUCUUGUCUAAUAAUCGAUCUAAUCGAUCAAACGAUUCAUUCUUCAUUUUCUUCUUCAAUAAGUAUGCCUUUUUGCAUUUCUCAAUCGAACGUAUUUAUUUCUACCUUUGGCACUUAUCUUGGACUCGAUUAAAAUCAUAAACUGUUUGAAAUCGUAUUAGCGAUUUUGAAAGAGAUAUUUCAAUAUUUUUUUUUUUUCACUGACCUGAAUAUGAAUUUUAUCUUCAGUUUAGACAAUAGGAAGGAAACGUUAUUCUUCCAAAUUGUUCGUUUGUACUAUUAUUAUUUAAAAAUGAUUCGAGGGUCAGGAAUUGUGACUAAGUGUACAUAAUUGCACCGUUUGUCAUUAACAACAUUAUAUAUACAUAAGAUGAUGAAUAAUAUAUAUACAUAGAUAUAUAUUAUAAAUAUCAUAAAAGAGAAGUGGAUGUGCAUAAUAAUGUGUGGAUAUUUUCCAGACUAUCAGAAUAUAAUCUGUUUUAUUUAAAAGAGCAUGUCCUAUAUCACGAUAUUUAAUUUGUUUAGGUUCCAUUUAGAUGUUUUACAUAUUUUUUGAUACUUUUUAAUCUAUCCCCGAAUGUUUUUACAAAUUAUAUAUGCCACGUCUUUACAAAGUAAUAUUUUUCUUUUUUAAUGAAAUUUACUUCAUAUAGACUGAGUAUAUAUAUAUAGACUAUAAUACUCGCAAGAGUUUCUAUAUUUAUUUGCAACGUCAUUUGAUUCAUCCGAACAAACUAAAAGCCACGUGUGUAAUGUAUUUUCAAUAUCCUAGAACGCAGCUCCGAUAGAUCUGCUCAACUUGCAGCUAUAACUUUUGUACUACAAGAAAGUACUUAAAUAUUUUUCUCUCGUUCAAACAGUCAUUAUUUAAUUAAUUAUUUGUCAUUUUUUAUUUCAUUCGAAACGGAUAGUUUUAAUCGAUUCAUUUGCUAGUUUCAUUCUCAUUUAAAUCUACUUUUAGUUUUUAUACAAAUCUUGACAUAAAUGGAAACCUUAUGCUAAUGUUACCGUGCUGGAAAUAGAUAUGUAUAUGAUGUUUUCCCAUUGGAUAAGUGAAUAUUUAAACUUAUUUGGAAAUAACAUUACAGCAUGGGAGUAACUUUAUGCAACUUCAUAUUAUCGAGAAGUACAACUAGUAUCGAAGGAUCUCACUAAAGUUGGCUCAUAUUCUUUUUCUAAGAAAUAUUGUACAUGUUGUAUGACUGGGAUAUAACAUUUAGCGCAGCUCCAUUUUAUUAAUAAAGGUAUCAGUGAAUGCUGAAGGAGAAAUGAAAAGACAAAUAAUAUUCUCAACCUGAUCGAAUACUAAGAAAUAUAUUUUCCAUGUUGCGUCUAAGUAAUAUUAUUUCAAUCUAAGAUAUUUCAUAAAAGAACAAGUUACAUGUAAAUGCAUACAUGGAUAUCAAAUCUUCUGCAUUUAUUCAAAUUAAUAAGAGAUCAAACAUUCUUACAUUCGUAUAAAAAAAGACUCAGAAAAAAAGAGCGAGUUGACUUAUUUCAUUAAAAUGUGAUUUAAUGACUAUACGUAUACAAAACGGUCCGACUGAUAUUUAGCUUUCUAUAUACCCCAUUUUUAUACAUUAAAAAAAAAAAGAAGAAAAAAGAUUGUUAAAAAGAAAAAAUAUUAUCAGCCGAUACUCUUUUAGUGACGACUAAUCCUUAUAAAAUCCUAGUAGUCUUGUGGUUGGACUGUAAAUAUAUAUACAUACAUAUAUAUAUAUAUAUAUACAAAUAUAUAUAUAUGUGUAUAUAUAUUAUUACUAAUAUAUUUACCAAUUUCAUAUGAAAAUUUCAUCCUUCAGUGUUACAUACCACUGCUUUAUCGUUUAGUGUCAAUAUUUCUGCGCAUCAUUUUAUUCUAUCUUGUCUAAACAUGAACGAUAGCUUACAGAAAUUAGAAAAGAAAAAAAAAGAAAGAAAAAAAGAAAAAAAGAGAUAGCUCUUAAGCUUUAAGAGUGAAAUCGCCCCUGUAUUUAUCAGAGUUCUUCUAAUGAUCUUUAUAGAAAAAAAAAGAGAGAAAGACUUCAAACGUUACAAAUAAUUUUCAAAAGAUCGUUGUGAUAGAAACAUAUUCACAUAUUGACUUAAUAAACAGUUUGUUCUCUUCUGGUGUUCCUUGCACCGUCAAGUUCUAAUGGAAGUAUUUCAAAAUCAGACAAAUAAAUAAAUAAAUAAAUAAAUAAAUAAAUAAAUAAAUAAAUGAAUGAAUGAAUAAAAAACACGUGCAUUUAAUAAGUGGAGCCACUUUUGUGGGACACCUCCUAAUCUAUAAAACGACAUGUAAUUAUACUACCCAAGUGUAUUUUGCCAAGUUUCUCAAUGACUUCAUGUUUCAAAGUUCCAGGCUAAACGCAAAAUGUGUUAAAAGAAGUUAAAUUGUUGUAAAAACAUAUUACUAGCUAUAAGUUGGUAGCAUUAAUCUGUACUCACAAAAGUUACAAACACAAAGUCCAUGAUAUUCAUGUAUUUGUAACGUACUAAUUCUAACAUCAGGUUUAAGUUCUCUCAUAUCAUUUCUAAAAAAUUCUUUGUGUAUAUGUUGUAAUUUAGCUCUGUAUUUGUCAUUAAUCUUUAUCAUUUUUUUUUAUAACCGAAAAUGUAUAGCAAUAUGUGGUUUGUUGUAUUCUUCUUCUUGAAAACACUUAUGACUCGUAUCUUCGGAGCAAUUUUCACAACAUUAAUAAAAUUCGAUCGGCUACCAAUGCUCCAUGCAAUAUUGUAACGAGUUUGGUAAUAUGUGUAAGAUCAAGCCGCAAGUUCAUCUAUUCAUAGAUGAAUCGGUCAAAUGAUUACGAUCGCAGAUCCGGAGAAGAAUGUGAGUUAAAAAGACAGAAUAAGUCAAAUACUAAAUAUCGUUGAAAGAAUGGGAAAUUAUUUUGUGAUACCUUCUUGCCAGAAAGAAUACAGCAGGCUGAGGUGAAUACGAUAAAUGCAAUGUUACUAACUAACAACUAUACAAAUUAAAUAUUGUGUAAUAGAAAGAGUCUGUUGACAAGGAGAAAUACCGUGUACAUUAUGUAUUGCCUUGUGGCAUCAAUAAACUAGUAACUAACGUCAUAAA